AUGCACGGUCAAGCAACCCCAGUCAGGUUUCCCCCGCACGCUGUGCAUGAGGAUGAAGAGGACGACAUCCUGGCGUUCUCAGUGACCACGGAAAAAUUCGCCCCAAACAAAAAUUCGCCAUGA